UUCGUGAGCGGUGGACCCAACGGUUUUUGAAGAGUUUGCACGCGGUUAGGCUUUUUUCGUUAUUAGAGUAUUAUUGAUUAAUUUGAACUCUCGUAUCUGAGAUAAUAUUAGGCAAAUUUUGUAGCUUUCUACAAUAUUAAUUUUCGCGUGUCAAUCGAAUUUAUUUUAGACGAAAAAGAAGUGAUGGCAGACGCCGAGCUGGCGCAAAAAUUAGCCCGUCGUCAAGCUUUCAACGAAUGGGUGGAGGGGAGUCCUGGUCCAUCACCGGUUAUGCGCCAUGUGUUCAACCCGUACACGGAUUUUCCAGAGUUCUCUAGAAAGGAGAUCAAAGAAUACGAGAAAACAUUUAAAAAGUAUGAUGUUGGAGCGGAUGGAUUUAUUGAUUUCCAGGAACUGAAGAGGAUGAUGGAAAAACUGGCAGCUCCGCAGACGCAUUUAGCUUUGAAAGAAAUGAUCCAAGAAGUCGAUGAAGAUAAAGAUAAUAAGAUCAGUUUCAGAGAGUUUCUACUCAUUUUUCGCAAGGCCAAUGCUGGAGACCUCACUGUAGACAGCGGCCUAGAUCAGUUGGCCAAGUUAACCGAGAUUGACGUUGAUCAGGAGGGGGUUGGAGGAGCCAAAAGCUUCUUUGAGGCUAAGAUCGAGGAACAAAAACGGGGUAGUAAAUUUGAAGAAGAGAUUCGCUCUGAAAAAAAAGAGCGAAUUCGAGAAGAGGAAGAGAGGAAACAACGCAAAGCUGCCUUCCUAAAAAAGGCCAACUUUUUUGGUCAAGCGAAAGCGUGAUGAAACGAUCAGUCUUUCAAUGUUCUAUGCUAUCUAGUGAUCAAAUAUAGUACUAUAAAAAAUUAGAGUAUUUGAAAGAUAUAAAACGCGGGCGUUUUAUCAUGAAUUUGAGUCUAAGAAAUCUAACAGUAAAAAAUGUAAGGCUUAUUAACAUAGAUUGAAACAAAAGGAAAAAAAACACGAAGUGGUUAUUCAAUGAGGCAUUGUUAAAACGGAUUUUUUAAUAAAUUAUUUUCAAUUUGUUGAAGUUGGAGAGUGUGAAUAAAAAUACUCAUUGAUUUGUUUUCUAUAACAUUAUUCUUUUAAAAUCUUAAGGAUUAAUUGGCAAUUAAAGGUAUAAUCAUCUUUAUGCUUCAUCUUAAAAAAUAGCUACACGUUAUAUUAAACUUUGCAUCAUUUGUAAUGAAAUUGGUAGUACUUUACAAAAUAUUUAUAUUGGCUAUCGCUUGUGUAUUAAGAGUUAGGGCUUUAUUAAAAAUAUGCAUGUAGACAUAGCUUGGAUUUUGAUAUGGAGUUGUGUUUCGCGAAUCAAUGAAACUACUAUCUACAAACUAAAUAAAACACAAACUAAUAGUUUUUGUCUUUU